AUGUUUCGGCAAAGAGUGCAUCCAGAAGAUAGGAACUGGCAAAGAGUUUUGUGGCGAGAAAAUUCAAAUGAACCUUUGCAAUCUUACAGAUUAGUAACGGUUACAUAUGGAACUGCGAGCGCCCCAUUUUUAUCUACAAGAGUAAUGAAACAGUUCGCAUUAGAUGAAAAGGACAACUUUCCCUUAGCAGUUGACGUUGUUAUUCGUGAUUUUUACGUUGACGACCUUCUUUCAGGAGCCCAAAUUGAAGAAACAGCCAAACUCGUGGCCAAACAAAUGUUUGAGAUGAUGUUGAAGGGAGAUUUUACGCUGAGAAAGUGGCUUUCAAGCGUGUCAAAUGUUUUAAAGGACAUUCCCGAAAAGUGUAGAGAAAAUAAUACUUCUGUAGAGAUCAAUUGUGACACAAGAGUUAAGGUUUUAGGAAUUCAGUGGCAGCCAUCUACAGAUACGUUUCAUUUCACUGAAUCCAUUGAUAUAGAGAAGCCAUGCACUAAGAGAAAUAUUCUUUCUGAGAUUGCCAAAAUUUUUGAUCCUAUGGGAUGGUUAGCACCUGUAAUUGUGUACGCCAAGAUCUUGAUUCAAGAGUUAUGGAGUUACGAUAUUGGUUGGGAUGAACCUAUUGAAAUUCAUGGAUUUUCUGAAGCUUCAGAGAAGGCAUAUUGUGCAGUGAUAUAUGUAAAAUCUUCCAGUGAUCAAAAAGUGCAAGUAAAUAUUUUAGCUGCAAAAACUAGAGUAGCACCUCUGAAGUCCCAGUCUCUUCCGCGGCUUGAGCUUUGUGCUGCUUUACUGUUAUCAAAUCUUUUACAAGUUGUUUAUUCGCGUGUCGCAUUGUCAUGGAUUAACUCUGAACCACGUCGCUGGCAACCAUUUGUUGCAAAUCGUGUAGCCAAAAUUCAAGAUGCCAAUCCUAGUGUUUCGUGGAAAUUCGUAGCUAGAGCACAGAAUCCAGCCGACUGUGGAACUAGAGGAAAACUACCAUCAGAGUUUUUGAGGAGUACAUUGUGGUUGCACGAACCUCAAUGGCUCAAACAAUCUAUUGAAAUUACUGAACCAAAGGUAGUCAUUGACUCAAAACUAAGUUAA